AUGAACAGCUUGGCCGAUGCUGCAAUCGCGGCAGCAGCUGCUGCUGCACCACAUUCAUCUUUUCCUCCAGAAGCGAGCUCCAGCUCCAUCCUUCUUGAUCGUGUUGCCUCCUCCUCCUCCAACGCUGCUUCGCAUCCAAGUCAUCCGCGUGCAGGUCCUCUUUCUGCCGAUGCACCCGCCUCUCCUUCCUCCCCACCAUCCAAUCCAAGCCCUUCUGACAACAUCGACAUGAUCAAGAACAGCAACGAUGCAGAUACUCCUAUCCGCCGUGCACUGCUUGAUACCGAGAAACCCGAAAAGCGUGGCUCCAAUCUGGCAUGCCUCAAAUGCCGUGCUAUCAAGGUCAAAUGCUCCCGCGCAAACCCACAAGAUGAGCGAUGUAAGCGUUGCAAUCGUCUUGAUCUUGUUUGCCAAUUUAAGGAGCAUCACCGUGGAAGAAAGCCCAAAAAGAGGCCAAGAAGCGAUGCAGACAGCACCGGUGUAGGUGAGGAGGAUCAGCUGCAAGAGGACGAGAUCGCCGCAAGUGCCUUUGCUUCGUAUCCGAUCAAAGCUACGACGUCGCCAGUGCGUGUCAAAGCGCGCGAGCUAUCAAAGUCUCCUCCACCGCCCACUCCACCUAUCAGCCAUCAACAGCAAUCGUACAAGAGGAGCGAGUCGGGUCGGUACGAAGCUUUUGAGCCAGCGCCCAAGCUGCCCAGUCCGAAGGGGUCUGUACAUGGCAGAUGGUUCGGUCCUUAUCUUCAGCCGAUUCCCUCGCUUGAGGAGUCGCUCUUUCCGAGCAAACCUCAGUCGCAAUCGCACUCGAUAGCACCUCAUCUCCAGCAGCACAACGACCAAACGUUACAAAGUCAGCAGCAGUACCACCAACAUCAUCAGCAACAACAACAACAACAACAGCAGCAGCAGCAUCAUCAUCAUCAUCAUCAUCUGUUGUACCAGUAUGAUCGCAGUGGUCGCGAGCUUCCACCACUCCCUGUCCCAUCCGCAUCUGCUUCGGCGGGUCGCAACGGCCAUAGCCCCAACGACCCCUCAUACUGGGACCGGACCGUGGCAUGGAGCAAUGCACAGAACAAUCUACAUCGCCCGCAGCAUGCCGUCAACCCGUCCUCCCCCUCUCCAGCGAAACAGGACCGAUGGCUUCCGACCAUGGCUUCAAAUUUGCACGAGGAUGCAGUGCGACAACGUGUCAUCAGCAUGGAUCAGGCCCACGAGCUUUUCGACUAUUACUUCUCCGAGCUCAAUCCGCCCCUUGCCCUGCUCGACGCUUCUUUGCACACCAUCGAGCACUGUCGUCAGAAGGCACCUAUUCUGUUUUCGACGAUCAUCUCGAUCGCUUCACGCUUCUUCCAGCCUCAGCUGCAUCGACAGUGUCAUUGCAUCGCAAAGUCGAUACUCAAUCUGGCGGCUGCUGAAGAGAUCUGUUCUCUCGACCACAUCCAGGCGCUGAUCCUCGUGAUCACAUGGAAGGACCCGGGAGACAGGACCAUCACGCGCAAAGCAGUUCGUGCGAUUGGUUACGCCUACGAGCUGGGCCUGCAUGCCUCUUUCGAAGGGCUUGAAUCAGGCGAGGCAAGCCAAGGCGGUAAGGACCAAGGCAAUUGCGCAAGAUCCAAGAGCUACACGUUGCGAUACAAACGUCGUCUCGAACGAGAUCGUCAACGCACAUGGAUUGUGCUCUGCCUCGUCCAUGAGCUCGUUCGACGUGACGAUCGUACCAGCAAAGCACGAACACGUCUCAUUCCGUUGGACGACUAUCCCGAUCCUUUCUCUUGGAUCAAGCAAGCUGGUGACAUGCGACUCUCGGUCGAUUCACGUCUUGCUUGGUCGUUGGACAUGACCAUCCUCGUGAUUGAGAAAGAACCUCUGCUUGAUCUUAUCAGCCGCUCAGAGGAUGCUGCUGCCUUUGGUGGCGUCUUUGAUCGAUAUCGAGGUCGGCUUGACAUGCUGCGCAAACGCUACUUUGAUGUCCGUGAGGGUACUUUCCACCCUAGGUUCCCCAUGGACAAGUCAGCAGUAGCCGAAAUCUCUUACCUGGACGCCUUUCGAGAGUUUUACAUCUGCCAAUCGACUUGGCACUGGGCGGCAAAGAUCGCGUCGCAGCCUUAUACAAGACGGACCGAGUGGGCUGAACAGCAAGGUACAUCUCGAUCUGCGUUCUGGUUCUCACAGACGGUGGACAGGGCGAUCAAGUGCUUGCGCCGGUUCGUGCAGGAUCUUUGCAAGCCGGGCUAUGUCAGAGUUGGCCAUGACUAUUUGGUCAUCACGGCAAGCGAGGUCACCAAGUGGUUCUAUUUGUACCGAGAUCAUCUAGAUGCUUCGACGAUGGUCGCCGGUGUCGAGUAUCUCAGGGCUACUCUGCGUGAGUGCUCACAGCCUCAACGAUUGGCUUCAGGUGAAGUGGUGGAGACGGAGAGGGAGGCACCUGGUUAUCUGGUGAGGUUCUUAGGUGCGAUCUUUGACGCUGGUCUCAAUCAGAGCUAUGAGAAGGCGAAAGCAAGUCUGGCUGGGAAUGUGGAGCGAUUUAGCAGCAGCAGUAGCAGCAGCAGCAACAGCAGCAGCAGCAGCAGCGCUCGCCGACCAACGUGGGGUACAGGACACUCUUCAUCGUAUCAAGACACUGCUUCAUCUGAGCGGAACAAUGUGGCGGUCGCAAACGCAGCCUCUUCCGAUGGCAGCCCGCCUCACCGCGAUGUAGCAUCAGCAACAGCACCUUCUCUACCUCGUGGAAGGUCUGAGAUCGGCCUCAACCGCAUGCCUGCCCACCCUCCCUCCGCUGUUACUUGUUACGAGCGCGGAGGUGCGCUAGCCAGCGGAAACAAGACUAUCGACCAGCCACCUCGCUCACCCAGCAUGCUCGGAGCUCCAGACAGCACCAUGGCCGCCCCACCAGCAUCCAACGCUUGCUUGAACUCUUGCAACUCGAUCGCACCGCACCCAGCCUACCUCGCUUCACCAAGCCACCUGAACCAAGCGCUCUCAUCCUCAUCUGCCUCGUUCCCUACCGCUUGGUCUAGCAACGCCAACAACGCUAGUUCUAUUGCUCCUUCAUGGAGCACCAACAACAACGGCGUCAACGGAAAGACAGGUAUGCCAGGACUUGCCGAGUUGACUCUGACUGGGAUGACAGGCAUAUCGGGCGGAUUGGGUGCGGAUAAGACAACGAUGGUAGCAGCACCUGGGAUGAACGUCGUUCCUAUUGCAGCGGAUAUCGGCAAGACCUCGAUCGAAGGUCUGGCUGCAUGCUUGAAUACGAAAGACUUGACGUAUUGGCAGGACAUCCUGGGCUACGAUCUUGCUACGCCGGCCGUAUGA